ACUAGAAGGCGCGGGUUGCUAGUUUGCAGGUCUUUGCGCUUUAAAAACCCGCGGCGCCAUGCAACGUCCCUCCCGUUGGGAUUCCGUGCUUUUCAGGCCGUGCUAGGGGCUGCGUUGUGGAGACAGCCGACGCCACGCCGGGGAGAAGGUGCCUGUGAGGGCCGGACUGUCUGCCAUGAAGAAGAUUUUUGGCUUCAGGAGUAAGGGCCCAUCGCCGAUAGGCCCCUCAGUCCGCCCGCGGAACAGCUGCGUGGGCUUUGGGCGUGAGAGUGCUAGUGGCUCCCUCGUGCCCAGGUACCACAGUCAUGACAAGGAUAUGGGCAAGAUCCACAAGGCUGCAAGCGUGGGUGAUGUAGCCAAAGUGCAGCAUAUCCUUAUCCUUGGGAAAAGUGGCGUGAACGAGAGAGACAAGAAGGACAGGACUGCUCUGCAUCUUGCCUGCGCUUACGGCCACCCAGAAGUGGUGACUCUCUUAGUGGAGAGAAAGUGUGAGCUGGACGCCCGUGACAGUGAGAACAGCACAGCUCUCAUUAAGGCUGUGCAGUGCCAGGAAGAAGAGUGCGCGGCCAUUCUGCUGGAGCACGGUGCUGAUCCAAACCUAACGGACAGCAGCGGCAACACUGCCCUGCACUACGCGGUUCUCAGCGAGAACACGUCCAUCGCAGCCAAACUGCUCACACACAGUGCAAAUAUGGAAGCCAAAAACAAGGAUGACCUCACACCUAUGUUACUUGCUGUAAAGGAAAAUAAGCAGCAUAUCGUGGAAUUUUUAGUAAAGAAGAAAGCAAGCAUUCAUGUAACUGAUAAGCUUGGCAGCAACAGGCAAAUAUUUGAAUAUGAUGGGAAGAGACUAAAAAGUUCUGAAAAUAGCAAUCCAGCGGAUAACGGUUCUGAAGACGACUCUUUAAGCAGGUCUUCUGACACGCCUGAUCCUGCUGACUCCUGGCCCACAUCAGAUGAGGAUGACUAUAAUUUUGAUGCCAAGAGUGUCCCCAAAAUUAACUUAACAGAGCUGUGGACAGCAGCUCAGCAGUCCAGGAAAAACCAAACAAAAUGUGGCUUUGAGCAACUAGAAAAUAGAAUUAUGUUUGACAAUAGUAAUUCCAACAGUGAAAAUGAAGAUGCAGUUGAAAUUGGACCUGGAACGUCAGCCAAAGUCCAGACCCCCUCUCCACCCUGUCAGUCACCUGACCCAAUGGAAGGAGGAACUGAGCCAGCAAGUGGAAGAGAAGAAAAUGGUACUGAUGUUAUUGAAAGCGCUUCACCAGAGCAACAAAAUCAUGAAAAUUUAACCUGUGCUGAUGGUUGGCACAAAAAUAAUAAAAGCGAAAUGAUGUCUGCGUUGGGAUUAGGAGAAGACGAGGAUGAGGACUCACCUUGGGAUUCUGAGAGCAUCUCUGAGAGUGUUUCACUGAAAGGUGUAGGUCAUUUAUCUGGAGCUGCAGAUCAAGCAGGAAAACAUGGACAAAUAGAAGAUGUGACUUAUAUACCUUCUUGCAUGAGUGGAUCAAGAAACUUUAAGAUGGCUAAACUAGAGGAGUCAAGAAAUGUAGGCAUUCCAGUAGCCCACAUGGAGGCCCACAGGAAAUAUCCAGCCAUGGAGCCUACCAGCAAAAGGAUGGAUCCUGUUCCGAACAAAACAGUAGGAAUGAAGGAUGUACAAACUCUGGAGGAAGAGCCAGACCUAGAAAUUGUGUCAGGAGAAGAGCAGAAAAGGCUGAGCAGCAGUGAAGACAGCCAGCAGAAGGCUGAAGAAAACAGAAAGUGCAAGAAUAAUGAAGCAGAAAUGUCAGGAAAUCUAUACAAGGUUGCUGCUGACAAUGAUGAUUAUGGAUUACAUCAACAGAGUGGAAAAGCUGGUAACCAGCAGUUUCCUCUAAAGGGGAGUGAAGGACAUGAGAGUGUUCCUGCCUUGCUUAUGAAGGAAGCAGAGAAGAAGGGAAAUGAAAAAUGGGUAUUCAAAGAAUCUGUUCCGAAGCCAAUGAUUGAGAAAGCCAGCUUGCCGGCCAGUGGGUCGCUGCGAAUGCAGGAUGGUUCCAGUUUAAGUGACACAGACCCAAGCGAAUUGAGGCCCACAAAGAAAACAUCUAAUAAAAACAAGGUCAGUAGACAACCAUCUGCUGUGGACAACCUUGAUGACUUAACUGAGUCGUCUGAAACAGCAUCCGAGGACUGUGAGGUCCAGUGCCCUGAUUAUGAGAACGUUCUGUGUGAAGUCGAACACCUCAGAACAGAGUGUAAAGAUAUCGUUAGUCUGUUGAAAAUCCGGGAUGCCAUUUAUUCAUACAAAAGAUUAAUAGAAUUUAAAAAAAGCCACUGUGAGCUACUUACAGGAAAGCUUAAAAGAAUGGAAAUUAAGCUUAAAGGAUUGCAGAAGGAAGUUUCAGAAACCAAAGAAGUGAAGUCACAGUUAGAGCAUGAAAAGGUAGAAUGGGAGCAAGAACUCUCCAGUUUGAGAUUUGCACUGAAACAAGAGGAAGAGAAGAGGAGAAGUGCGGAUCAGCUUUCUGAAAAAACAACGGAGCAGCUUAGAAGAAAAGACGAGCAGUAUCAGAAUGAGGUUGAAGUGAGGCAGCAGCUUGAAGUCUCUCUCAGAACACUGGAUAUGGAGCUGAAGACAGUAAGAAAUCACCUGAACCAGGUUUUAGAGGAGCGAAAUGAGACGCAGAUGCAGCUUUCCCGAGAACAGAAUGCCAGAAUGUUGCAAGAUGGGAUUCUUGCAAACCACCUUUGUAAACAAAAGGAGAUAGAAAUGGCACAGAAGAAAAUGACUUCGGAGGUUUCUGUUAGUCAUGAAAAAGAAAAAGACCUAUUGCAUAAAAAUCAGAGACUGCAGGAUGAAAUUGCCAUGUUAAGCCUGGAAAUGGACACAAUAAAAAACCAUAGCCAGGAAAAAGAAAAGAAGUAUCUUGAGGAUCUUAAGACUGCAAAUGAAAAGAAUGAUAAGCUCCAAAGCAUGAUAAAGCUGAAUGAAGAAACAUUUACAAAAACAAUAUUCCAAUAUAAUGGACAGCUUAAUAAUCUUAAAACUGAGAAUACGAUGCUGACUUCUAAGCUGGAGAAUGAAAAACAAAAUAAAGAAAGAUUGGAAACAGACAUUGAGUCAUUCCGAUCUAGACUGGCUUCUGCUAUGCACGAUCAUGCUGAAAUUCAGACAUCAAAAAGAGACUUAGAAGUUGCUUUCCAGAGAGCAAGAGACGAGUGGUUUCGACUGAAAGACAAGAUGAAUUUUGACAUGUCUAACCUCAGAGAUAACAAUGAGAUUCUCUCUCAACAACUUUCUAAAACCGAAAGAAAAUUGAAUAGCUUAGAAAUUGAAUUUCAUCACACAAAAGAUGCGCUCAGAGAAAAGACUUUGGUUUUGAAGCGUGUACAAAAAGACCUCAGCGACACACAGUGCCAGAUGAAGGAAGUGGAGCACAUGUAUCAAGAUGAGCAAGGGAAGGUGAGCAAAUACAUGGGCAAGCAAGAGUCCAUAGAGGAGAGGCUGGCUCAGCUCCAGAGUGAGAACAUGCUGCUCCGGCAGCAGUUAGACGACGCCUCCAACAGAGCUGAGAGCAAAGACAGGACGAUAGUCAGCAUCCAAGACCAGCUCCAUGACACACUAAACAAAUUCCAAGCUGAGAGCCGGAAGCAGAGUCUGAGGCUAGAAGACAGAAAUAAGGAGCUAAUCAGCGAGUGCAGCCAAUUAAAAGAAAGAGUGUGUCAGUACGAAAAUGAGAAAGCAGAAAGAGAAGUAGUUCUAAGGCAACUUCAGCAGGAGCUGGCUGAUACCCUAAAAAAGCAGGCAAUGUCCGAGGCGUCACUGGAGGUUUCCUCCCGUUACCGCAACAAUCUAGAAGACGAGGCGCAAGAACUAAAGAAGAGAUUAGGUCAGCUCAGAAGUCAGCUGCAAGAAACGCAAGAUCAGCACAGAGAGGCUGCACAGCAUGCCGGGAGGAUGCAGGAGCACCUACAAAAGCUUGAACUUGAAAAUUCCGAGUUCAAAAUUACAGUAAAAAAGCAAUCAGAGAAAAUUGAGCAACUUCAGGAAAACCUGUCAAGUGUGAAUUUGUCUGAAGAGGAUAAGGAAAAACUGAAGAAACUUACUGAGUUGAAAGACUCUCUGGAACAUACUUUGGAUCAAGAACAGAAGAAAAACAGUGAGUUAGAAAAAGAGCUGACAGAAUUUAAGGAACUCUUAAAAAUGACCGAAAAAGAAUUGAAUGAACAUGAAAACAGAGAACUUAAUCUCCAUCAAGAUAUAAAAAACAGUCAAUUUGAAAUGGAUAUCCCAGUUAAUAUGCUAAUAAGAAAGAUUGACGAUCUUACAUCAAAACUGGAAACUGCAUCUUCAAAAUGUCUACAACUUGGUAAAAAAAAUCAGUCUCUUCAGCAGGAAUUACUAUUGAUGAAAACUAUACAAAAGAAGUGUGGGAAACUAGAGAAGAAUAAGAAGAAAUUGGAGCAGGAACUAGUAAACCUCAGAAGUCACAUGGAAAACAACAUGGUGGAGCACUGUGAAGUGCAGCAAUAUAAGCGGGAGGUGGAAGAGCGGGCGAGGCAGGACUUGGUGGAAAAGUUAAAACAGGUCAAUCUCUUCUUGCAGGCACAGGCAGCAUCUCAGGAAAACUUGGAGCAGUUAAGAGAGAGCAGUAACGCUUCAGCGAGAAGUCAGCUGGAGCUCAGGAUUAAAGACCUGGAAUCCCAGCUCUCCAAAAUGAAAGCUCAGGAAGACUUUGAUAAAAUAGAACUAGAAAAAUAUAAGCAACUCUACCAAGAAGAAUUCAGAGUCAGAAAAUCGUUGUCAAGUAAACUGAACAAGACCAGCGAGAGGCUGGAGGAGGCCAGCACCAGGCUCCUCCUGGAGGAGCAGCAGAACAGAUCCCUGCUGAGCUCCCUCAGUACAAGGCCCGUUGUAGCCUGCCCUUGCGUUGGAGAUCCGCAUAAUGGUUUACCAUUCAACAGAACUUUUCUUCCACGAGAAAACAUAGUGAUUCCUGCCUCCAGCCUCCAGCCGUCAAAUAGAAGAAUGGAAAUCUACCUGACCAAGAUGCAUCAGGAGCUGGAGAAAAGUAUAAAUAGAGAACUUAAAGAAGCUGCUGCUGAGCUUGAAUCUGAAUUCUGCAAAAUUUCUCCCCUUGGAUCUGCUACUAAAACAGGUCAAGAUCUACUCUCAGAAGCAUCACAAGAAUAUAUAGACAUUUUAAAGAAAAAAUACACGAUCUGCUGAAUAUAAAAAGAAUAAACCAAAAGAGAGAGAAAGCUGGAUGCACUAGCACACGCCUGUAAUCCCAGCACUCAGGGAGGCAGAGGCAGGCAGAUCUCUGUGAGUUUGCGGCCAGUCUAGUCUACAAAGCGAGUCCAGGACAGCCAGGCUGUACAAAGAAACCCUGUCUGGAAAAACCAAAAAAAAGAAAAAAGUGAAAGAAAAGGCAAGCAAGUAGAAGUGGGACUGUUGGGGAGAAGGCCCAAAGGAAGAGAAGACCAGAGAAGCUAGAGGGCCAUGCACUGUGUGUGUAUCUUAAAUGUCUCAAUGGAAUGGGUGUGGCAUGUCUAUGACCCCGCCACUUUUGAAGCAGAACCAGGUAGAGACCAAGGACGGCCAGGGCUACGUGUCUCACACAGAAAAAGAAAGUCAUAAUGAAACCUACUAUUUUGUAUGAAUAAUAUACAUUAAUGUAUAUGAGCUAAAAUAUAACGUAUUUGUUAGACUGUUUAUAUGUUUUAAUUGUUUCUUAUUAAGUGUAUGACUUGAAAACACAAGUAAAAAACUUUUCUGUCAUGUAUUAGAAAAUUAAUAUAUUUAUCUGUGGUUUUAAGCAUAUUUUACAAGUAUUACUAAGCCAGUAUUACCCAGUUUCACAUACGAAAACACCCAGAAGACAGUUGUUUUAACACCAGGUUCUCAUGAAUACUUUGGUGGGAUGAAAUAUCAUCAUUCCCAUUUAUGCUUUUCUAUUUUUAUCACUGUAGGGGCCAAAAGCUUUAGCCAGACAUUUUAACUUUAAGCACUGAUUUGUAGUUCUUGAUGCUAUGGAAAAGCACAAUUACCUAGGGCUUUCCACCUGUUCUGUUUAUCCAUUUGCUUAUUCAUCUUUGAUGUUUUUUUUUUUUUAAGUCUUAAAAUUAGACAAAAGUUCACAGAAUUCUGCCCCCUUACUCUGAACCAUUUGAGAGAGUCUUGCUGCCAUCUGCCAUCAUCCUAGACUAUUUUAGUAUUUUUUGUAAUUAGCACCAUAGGUGACUGUAGUGUUACCUUGUCAUCAGAAGUCUAACACUAAUAGAUCCUGGUGUUUAAUCUUCAGCUUCCUUUCCAGUUUGGCUCCUUACCUACCAUGUCCUUUAACGAAAACUGAUCCCAUUCAGACUGAUGGGUUCCAGUUACUUGCAUUUCUUAGACUCCUUCAGUCUGGAACAUUGCUCAGUCUUCCUGGACUUUCAUGACCUUAAAUCUUCAAGGAAGAAUUCAUGUGGCAUGUCCCUGAAAUUGAAUUUUCUGUUUCACUGUGAUUAAAUCAUACAUCUUUUUGGCAAGAGUAUUACAGAAGUAAGUCUUCUCGUUUCUCUUUUAUGUGAUCUAUACUUAGAUUUUCUCUAUUAUGAUACUGAUAUUGAUUGAUAGAGCAAUUUUCUGCUGUGUUUUCUUCUAUGUAUUUACUUUUCAUUUUGUAAUAACUGUUUUGUAGGUAAUUUGUGACUGUAAAUAUCUGUUUCUUAUCAAACUUACAAAACAUUUAUUUACUAGUGUUUUGUGGAUUAAUGCUUCUUCAUUUUAUUUAAUGAGAUAUAAGUUGUUGAUAACAAUUAUUUUUAUAAUUUAAUAAAUUAAAUUUUUAAGAAUUUC